CACAGUUUUACUAAAAAGUUUUAAGUGUACUGCCGCGGUAUGGGCGCCAUGGGUCGCGGCCACUUGUUACUGUUGACGCUCUUUGUUGUUUUGCUGCAUCCGUCUUUUGAAAGGGAUGUCUAUCACAAGCGCCAACAAUAUCCUACUGUAAAGAUCCAAGAAGAAGCAGAUCCAGCGUUUUGGUUGAACGAGGCGCGGCUGGGCAUCGAAUCUCGUCUGAGUAAUACGCUGAACCGGAACAAGGCGCGCAAUGUGGUGUUGUUCUUGGGUGACGGCAUGUCGCUGCCGACGCUGGCCGCCGCCAGGACCUUGCAGGGCCAGCGGGAGGGACGCACCGGCGAGGAGAGCCAGCUGUUCUUCGAAACGUUCCCCACAACAGGACUUUCAAAAACAUACUGCGUGGACGCGCAGACGGCGGACUCCGCGUGCACGGCCACAGCGUACCUGUGCGGCGUGAAAGCCAACAGAGGCACCCUGGGGGUGACCGCCGACGUACUACGCACCAAUUGUACGCUGGUCAGCCCCCAACACUACGUACACUCCAUUGCUGAAUGGGCACUCGCAGACGGAAGAGACGCCGGUAUAGUGACCACGACCCGUGUAACGCACGCGUCCCCGGCCGGCGUGUACGCACACUCCGCCGAGAGAGACUGGGAGAGUAACGCAGACGUCCUCGAAGACUGUCCAAUGACACCGAACAUGCCCGCUGACAUCGCUCAACAACUGGUGCACAGCUAUCCCGGAACACAUUUAAAGGUGAUUUUGGGAGGUGGAAGACGGGAGUUUUUGCCCGUUACCGUGGUCGACGAAGAAGGAACCGAAGGCAAGAGAUUGGACGGCAGAAAUUUAAUCGACGAAUGGUUAGAGGACAAGACGGCUCGCAACGUCAGUCACGAAUACGUGUGGAACCGGCGGGAGCUCAUGCGGCUGUCGACGUCGCCUCCGGAAUAUCUACUGGGUCUCUUCGAGGGGAAUCACAUGCAAUACAACCUGAAGGCGGACCCUGACACGGAGCCGUCGCUGGCCGAUAUGACGGAAGUGGCGAUUCGUUCCUUGAGUCGCAACGACAGAGGGUUCUUCCUGUUCGUGGAGGGCGGGCGCAUCGACCACGCGCACCACGACAACCUGGUGCAGCUCGCGCUCGACGAGAGCAUCGAGCUGGCGGCGGCGGUGCGGCGCGCGGCGGAGCUGCUGGGCGACGAGAGCCUGGUGGUGGUGACGGCGGACCACGCGCACGUGAUGUCGUACGGCGGGUACUCGCGGCGCGGCGCCGGCGUGCUGGGCGCGGCCGACGACCGCGGCGACGACGGCCUCCCCUACAUGACGCUCUCGUACGCCAACGGGCCCGGCGCCAGGCCCCACCUGCACGGACGCCGCCCGGACGUCACCGCCGAGGAGGACUUCGGUGACCUGGACUGGAAGUCUCACGCGGAGGUCCCGCUGGAGGAGGAGACGCACGGCGGGGAGGACGUGGCGGUGUUCGCGGCGGGCCCCUACCACGACCUGUUCACGGGCACCUACGAGCAGAGCCGCAUCCCGCACAUGAUGGCGUACGCGGCCUGCAUCGGGCCCGGCCCGCACGCCUGUCAUCAUUGA